UUGAGCUGGAGUUGUUUAUUCUAAAUGACAUGGAGUUUUAUUAUUAAUUUACUUCUAAUUAAUUUCUAUAUAUUAUCACUAACUUUUAUGUAUUAUAGCUAUUUUUUUUAAUGCAACACACAAAUCAGAAGUAUGUGUAUAGCAACUCUGUGUUAGUCUGAACGAUGCACGCGUCUGUCACAAUAAGUAACAAAAGGGAAAAGGAGGGGGAAAGGAAGAGGGAGACACAGAAGAAGAAGAGAGGAGGGUACACGGGGGUGAUAAUUUCGUGACCAAAGUAUUGUAAGAACUAUUUUGAAAUUGCACCAAAUGUUUUGAAGCAGUGAAGCCGUCUAACCUUGACUUUCCAAAGAUGCCAACUGUGCCAUCUCAUUCUACCAGAAUUCAUUGGCUACUUGCGCGACUGGAGGGCAGAAGUUCUCUGAGAAAUCUUGAACCUUAUCUGUUUGCUGAUGAAGGAUUUCCCAUUCAUGGAGAUGUCAUUGAAUUCCAUGGUCCCGAAGGAAGUGGAAAAACAGAAAUGCUUUAUCACCUCAUCGCCCGUUGCAUCCUUCCCAAAUCAGGAGGAGGUUUGGAAGUAGAAGUCAUGUUCAUUGAUACAGACUACCAUUUUGACAUGCUUCGUCUGGUUACCAUUCUUGAACACAGACUACCCCAGAGCACAGAAGAAACAAUAAAACUGUGCCUUGGAAGGCUUUUCCUUGUUAACUGCAACAGUAGCACACAGUUGCUUCUCACUCUUUACUCUCUAGAAAAUAUGUUUUGUACUCACCCUUCUCUCUGCCUUUUGAUUUUAGACAGUAUAUCUGCUUUUUAUUGGAUAGACAGAAGCAAUGGUGGGGAGAGUUAUAACAUGCAGGAGUUGAAUAUGAAAAAGUGUGUUAAAUUUCUUGAGAAGCUUGUCGGAGAGCAUCAUUUAGCUCUGUUUGCAACAACACAAACAAUUAUGCAGAAAUCUUCAAGCUCUGCAGAAAGUUCCUUUUCCUUAAAACAUCAGUGUGGAGCUGAUGUAGACUACAGGCCUUAUCUUUGCAAAUCGUGGCAACAAAUGGUAACCCACAGAAUAUUUUUCUCUAAGCAAUGUCAUUCUAGUAACAGCAAAGGUUUUUCAAUUGUUUCUUGUCAUGUCAAAAGAAACCAUGUAGUGAAAUGUUCAUUUAGUAUUGCAGAAUGUGGAGUUCAGUUUUAACUUGAAUUUGCUUUUAAAGUUAUGGUAAAUCUUCAGUCUAACUAGCCUUCUGUAUUUUUUUACAUUUUUGUACCUUCUUAACGAUCUUGAUUUGUUUAUGAAUUUUGUUAUGAACAUUUAUUAAAUUCGGUGAAGAGCAGAGGAAAUAUAAAGAUUUGAAUGACUGUAUAAGUUCAGCAUAAAAUAGAGAGGAGUGUUGUAACUAUUUAUGUGUGAUUGAUACAUCAAGAGAUUAAAUCAAGAGAACUAGAAGUCAAGUCAUCUUUAACUCUGUCUCCUUUCACUAACAUUUUCUAAACAGUAUACAGCCAAAUGCACUGACUUCAGCUCUGUCAUAACCCUUUUUACACCUCUUCCUCUUCUAAGCUACACAGAAUGUAGUCUAGCUCUGUAUGUGGGAGUUGGUGCAUAGGCAAAUGUUAGUACUUUGUAAAUAUUGGCCUUGAUUGACUCCCACUAGCAUAGAGACAUACACUCUGCAUAUACCCUUUGCCAGCAGGCACAGCUGCGCCUCAGGAGAAUUCAUUUUCUGUGUAAGGAAGGUUCCAUUGUCUCUGGCUAGGCACCAUCCAGUUAAACCUGCCAACACUUAUAGUAUCACUGGUCAGAGCAAGGAUUACAGGUGUCACCAGUAGCAUAAUAGGGGGAAAGAGGGUAAGAGGGGUGACCAGAGCAGCAGCCCUGGACACUUUUUGUAAAAGGACACAAAAUAGCCACUGCCACCAUUAGCACAGUAGCAGCCAGCGCUGCCCCAGAUGUAGGGCUGCUCUCCUACACCUCUGGGUGUCACUGUGACCUCUCCUUUGUCAGAAGGUCUUCAGACAUCUUCAGUCCUCUCAAAAGUUGAAAGGACUUAGUGCUAUAGUUGAAGGAUCCAUAGGCCCCUGGCAGCUGUUACAAUUAAGAUGUGAUAAACCUGUUAAUCACACCAUAAAUAACAACUCAGACACGCAUAAUGGC